AUGAAACGCCAGAUUAAUUAUAGUAUAAAAUUAUUGAAGACCAUUAGAGCUCAAAAAUAGAUUCAACCUAAUCAGAUGAAUCUAGAAACCCAAAGAGAUUUUGCUAAAUUUAUAAAUGACACAAUCCAACCUUAAGACAGACCUAAAUCAGAAUCAUAAUUAUAAUAAAGCAAUAGAUCCUAUAAAUAAUUGCAAUAAGAUAAUAAGCCAUAGAAUCAAGGAAUAUGCAAAAUUUAGGAAAAUCUUUGCAACGAAUACUCAAAUUAAAAGGUUGAACGAAAGAGUGUAAAGUUAGAUGAAGUUAAUCGUUUGAAUGAAGUUUUAAAAUAUACUGAUAAGUAAAUACUUUACAAUCAAAAUGUCUCUUAUAAUUAUUAUAAGAAAGCUACUAUUCUCAUUAAAUUAGAUUCAUUAGAAAUUGCUCUACAGUUUAUUGAUUAAGCUAUAAAUUUGAAUAAUAAAGAAGAUAAGUAUUAUUAUCAAAAAGCAUUAUUGUUGAGUUCUCUUGGUCAAUUUUUAUAAGCUUUAUAAUUAUUUGAUUUUGCAAUAGAAAGAAAUCCAAACAGAGGAUGCUAUUAUUAUGAAAAAGGAAAAGCAUUACAGAAAUUGGGUCGUUAAAAUGAAGCUGAAAAAUAAUUUUAAUUAGCUAGUGCAAUGGAAAAAAAUGAUAAUUGA